AGCAACUACAGCCUAGAAAGAACAUUAGCAUGGUUCCGCAGUUGCCCCAGAGUAACAACUAUGUGCACACGACCUUCGUGCUGCUGGAUCUAGGUUACCUGUCGGAGCGAUUUGAGAAAGUGGACCCAGACAACAUGGAAGCGGACCACCCACAGCGCCCCCGCACGCCGACGGAGGAGUUCCACCGCUGGCGGAUGGAGGCGGUGCAGAAGGUGCAAGAGAAUUUUGACAUCCUGAGCCCCCAGCAGCGCGACGAUGAGCGCCUGAUUCAGCUGCGACACGUGCCGCUCACCUCGCGGCUGGAGCACUUCUAUCGCAAGAAAAAACUGUUUCACUCACAAGCAGAAAAUGGAACACAGAGCUAUUAAUUUGUGUUGCUAGUACACCUGCAAGACAUUGGAUUUUCGAACGUGUUUUCCCUUGGGAAGUGCGCAUGGCAAGUUUUCUAUGUCAUGUAGAACGAACUUGUGAUGCGAAACUCGCAAAAUUGUUACAAUGAAACACUUCUUUCUCACGAUAAAUUCCGCAGCGUUUUCAAUCCAGCCCCGACCUCUUCAGUCCAGACGGAAGACGCGGCUCCGGUAUUCUGUGUAAAUCAAACGUGGUCCCCACCUCGUGGUCCCCAUAGUGAAGAGGGCACUUUUGCUAGACAGGCCAAGAACAAGUUUUUUGACGGUAUUUUUACAAGUUCGGGUCGUGGUCUCUAGUGUACUAGUCGUGGUUAGCUAGAGCAGUCGCAUAUCCCUAGUCGAGCAUGACAAAUUUAUAUUCCAGAUAGAAUGCAAUUGCAAAAAUAAGGCUCAUCGCUCAUACAUUGUAGUUAUCGGGCUGGCGAUGCGGAUGCGAAUAAGCAUUUUAGGGAUGGAAAUUUGCAUGACAGCUAACUAUGGGGCCUACCUUGUGGGGACGACGUUUUUAAUUCAGGGGAUACCCGAAGAUCGAGGCAUUUGCGGCCACGGACGACCAGGUUUGGCGCAGCGUGCUGCUGCCGAUCACACAACUCGAGCGCGAUUUCUUGGCAGAUGCGGACACUAAGAAGGAUCCAGCUGAAAUCGCUAGGGCCAGGACGACCGAGUUCUUAGAGCACCGGUUUAGCAUGGACGGGUUGAUUCAACUCGCCGAGCACGAGCGGACGCACCUGGUUUUCGCCGAGUUUCCGUUCGAAAAGCUGAAGCAGUGCGCGGAGCGCGGUCGCGGCUUUUUGGAAGGUGGUAUCAAAAGGAAAAAUUACCCCUUCCCAUACUGACAAGGUACGUUUUCGAAAAUUUGUGUUGCUGAUUUGUGACCCCAAAUCGUCUCUGUGAUGCAUGAAGGCAACUCCACAGGCUCCGCUGCAUUCUACAGGCGGUCUGUCAUGCUCAUGCUCCUACAGCGUAGACGUCUGUCAUGCUAAGCGCCCAGGCCAAAACCUGCCUUCUCAGGCUUGGCAUGGGCCUGCAGUCCUUGCCAGCAAGACACAUCUGAUUGGUGUACGCAGAUCCACCAUCAGAAACUUCGUUUUGAUAUGGGGAGGGGGGAUGUUUCAUUUUGAUAGGUGGGGGCAAGAGUGCGACAAGUAUAACCUCAACCUCGUCGCAACGAAACAUUUCGCGGCGGAAGGAACUGGACGUGGCCAGCAGUCUCUUUUAUACGCUUCCCAUGCACGUGGCGCGGAUGGCCGGGAUGUUCAAAGUGCCAAACGACUUCACCCACCACAGCUGGCAGGCGGACUACGUGGAAACGGUGCUCCGUAACCUGUGGGACCAGCUGGAUAGCAUGCUGCCCAUCCCGCCGAGUUGCGACUACAGCGCGGGUAUCGGCCAGGACUACCCCGGGAACGAUCUGAACCUCUAUCAAAUGGAAAAAUCCCCCCACCCCAUAUCGAAAACGAAAUUUGUGAUGCUGUAUUUGAGUACACAAAUCGAAUUGCAAUGCUAGAAGGCCAAGAGCCGCAGUUGUGGCCUCGUUUGCAGGCAAUUUGUCAUGCUGUUUCCCACUUGCAGUUGCUUCCUGUCAUGCUGAAGAUGCAAGGCUUUCCCACGCCACCCAGCACUACAGUCCGCAUCUUUUCCCUUCUAGCAUGGCAAAGCUGAUCUGUGACUGCAAAUCUGCAUCACAGAUUUCCGUUUUGAUAUGGGGAGGGGGGAUUUUUCUUCUUGAUAACCUCGGGCGCGUCCUUAUCCUGGCAAACAGCACGUUCUCCCAGUGCCUCGCGCUCUGCGCGGAGUUCUUUGAGGGCGAGCGCGACAAGGUAUCCACCGAAUUUGACGCGUUGGGAAACGAAGGGAAGCACAGCAACACGUGCUGGGGAGUGACCUUCAUGGCAAAUGCGGACGAAGUCGACGUUCCUGCUAGAAGAAGUACCACAGCGGAGCAAACAAGUACGAAGGCGAGGACAAUGCCUGCGUGGGUGGAAAAGUUAGGGUACCCGGGAAAUGAUAAUGCGAAUAAAAAACUGUCGGAAAAAGAACUACCAGGUCGUGCAAGAACAGGUGAGAAGCAAAACCACGCGGCAAAAACCAUACAGGGUACGUGUUCCUUGAAAGCGAAGCAGCUCCCUGUAGGCAUCUCGGCCCGCGCAGGUCCGUACCAAAAUCCCACCGCCGUUUCGCUCGUGAUGACGAGACGCUGUCAGCAAGAUAUGUUCACCAACCGGGAGGCCCUGCUCGAGCGCAUGCGCACCCUGAUCUGGCGUGAACAGGGAAGAAAAUCCGACUUGCAGAAACGGCGGUUCUUUCUGCACUACACCGCGGUCACGGAGUUUCUAGAUCCCAGGCGCGGUCGUGGUCGUCGUUCUCCACCACAUGUGGGCGUUAAAAAUCUACUUCCAGAAGAAGAACACGUCGAAUCAAGAAAUGUUGGCCCGACGAUGUGUUUCGACACGCGAGGCGAGGGCAAGCCGACGCCCGAGGUGGCUCUGAGUUUUCUGCACAUGCACCAAAUCGAGGUGGACGGGAUGUUGAAGGCCGGCGACGUCGCUAUUGGCGCGGAAAUGAAGUUGCAAGAAGAUCAAGAACCAGCCCACCGAGACAGCCUGCGUGAUGACGUCGAAGUGGACCCGGAGCACUGGCACAAGACGCAUGUUCGCCCCCCGCGAACGGACCUCCUGGGGCCCCCGAAAGAAGAAUCUUUGCCUCCGCCUGAGGUUGACACAGCAGCGGGGGCUGCAGCUGGAGCUCCUCCUCCCCUUCCGCAGGAAGUUUCACCUGCAGAGCGGGCCCCAUCACAACUGCCUGCGCCGGUAGUUGAAGUGCCGCCCGAAGAAGACGAGGAGGAGGAGCUCGAGGAGGACGUGGAAGUGGUGCCCGCUGUUGAACUCACUAGUACAAUGCGUCCGCCGCAAGAAGAUAAAUUUCCUCUUGCAACCACACCUACAUCAACUCCGGAAAUGGAAGAGAUACAAUCGCCAGAAGCUUUGCCACCAGCAGAGUCAGCAACAGAUGAACAGCAGGUCCAGGAGCCCGCUAAAGUAGCAGAAGCUUUACCUCCCACAUCGAAGCCUGGGGCCGAAAAGAACAUUCGUGAUAGUACUUUGCAGCAAGAUAAGGUUCAUCGUCGAGCCCCGACCUCCGUUUCCGCUUCUACUGCGACGCUACCACCUAGUAGCACCAGUCCCACUUCUACUUCUUAUUCGUCCACUUCUAGUCCUAGCACGUCUACCUCCCCCACCUCGACCAAGCGCGAGUGUACGGAAAAGGAGCGCAUCAUUUUCGGCCCGGAUUGCGACUGGGAUGAAGAAGACGAGAUGGACGCGGGCCGGGUGGCGACCACGGAGGGACUUUCCGAGGCGGAAACGGAGAUUCUGGAUCCGGAGAAAACGGGGAAUUUCAGCAAGGCCGACCUGAUGCUGGCGGAAAACGCGGGCGAAAUCCAGGCAGACACGCGCGGCGACGCUUUAUUGAUCCACAAAGAUUGGCGAGUGGACGAGAAUGCGAGGAAGAAGUUCGAAGAAUUGCGCAAGAAGUGGCAGCGGGAGGAGGCGCAGCAGAGACAAAUGGACGAGAUUGAGGAGGUGCGACGAAGAGCGGAGGAGGAGGAACGCGAGAAGAGGAGGCAGAGGGACGCGGAAUUGAAAAAAAAGGCAGAAGAGUUGGAUAAAACAAGCAGCACAAAAGCUCCAGCGGGUGAAGAAGAUGUUGAGACCACUAAGUCUCCUUCUGGAGGGGACGAUAAGCAUGAUCAAAGUCAGGACAAAAAUGCUGACGAAGGAGGGGAACAAACAGAAAAGCCUGCAACAGGAGGAGAGACGAGCGAAGAUGAGUCCACUACAUCCACUACUUCGACUACUUUUCCGCUAGACACCCCGGAGAAGGACGAGACUUCCGGCGAACAAGACGACAAAGGCGAAGAACAGGGUGGCGGAGGUACUGGCUUUGCGCCAACGGUGGAAGAUGAUGCCUCCCUAGGCCCUCGUCCGGAGUGCAAGUCCAUCGAGGAGUAUCUAGAACCGGACUGUGUGCUGUCGGAGGAAGCGAGGAAAGAUCUAGACAAAAUCGGCAGCACUAAUAUUUUGACGGACAAGGAUAUGGAUCUGUCAGGAUUGAAAUCGUCAAAGUUGAAAUAAUUUGUCAUGCAUAAAAUGGUCGGACAUGCAUGCAUUUCCUGGAUGUCCUUGGUCGGACAUUCCUGUUUGGUGGUAGUAUGGACCCCGUGUGGCUGUAGCGUCUUCCUCCGCCCUGCUUAGGCUGCCGCGCCUCGUGAGUUUCGUGUAAUCGUUGUCCAUUUUGCAAACCGUGCAAUUGGUAUAUCCACACUUGCUCUUCGUAGUACUUCGUCCGUUGACCUUCCCCUCUACUCCCUUUACGUUUCCCCAGGCAGUACUCUUCAUCUAAGCUGAUCUUACCUGUUUUACGAAUUUACUUUGAGUUAGCCUCUCAUUACUUUCUCCCUUAUCUUAUGUCUUUCCUCAGAAGUGCGUUGGCGCGCCCUGCUUUUCUGCAUGCACCAUCAGAAGUGCAUUGAAUCGCGGCGGGAUAAUUACGAAAAAAAUUUCCUCUUUGCAUCGACUCUUGGUGGGAUAAUUACGAAAAAAAUUUCCUCUUUGCAUCGCGGCGGGAUAAUUACGAAAAGUCUUUCACUUUGCAUCGACUCUUGGUGGCUGCUUCCCACCGGCGGAGAGUAUAAAGAUGUAAAACAUGAGCUGUUGACCACUGGGUCGCCGCAGCGUAGUGCUUGCACGCACCAUCAGAAGUGCGUUAGCACGCCUUGCUUUUCUUGCGCACACCAUCAGAAGUGUGUUGAAUCGCGAGCGUAUGAUGAUGAUGAUGAUUUCCUAGUUUCCAGGAUAUGUCUCACAUAUCUUGCUUUUCCUGCUUUCCCUGCAUGACAAACCACGUUUUCGGUAUGACUGUAUGUGUAGCUUCUAGUUGUUUGUCAUGCUGAUUUUCGAUAGAUGGUUCUUUUUCUAUUGCUCUGUCGCGUGACGCGUAUCUCCUGAUGCGCGUCACGGUUUCGGACGGUGCCGGUGUGGCUGAUUACCAUCUCUCCCCCGGUGCCCUAUGCAUGUGGCCGCCCUUCCUAAUGAUAAAAACUGCUAUUUGCAUUAUAUGCUCGCCAAAUUUUCAUAUCGAUACUACCACUAUCCGACUCUCUGUCGUCCCGCACUUACUUUAGAUAGAAAAAUUUUAUUGGUUUACGUAACCGGGGGCGGUGUGUCGUCUGCGGCGGAUGAUGACAGUGUACGCAUUCAAAGAACUUCAUGGCUUUUGGGGCUGCUUCCCCUUAGGUCUAGUAUCACUUGACCCAAGGCACUGAUCCGCUAAACGCACACCGUACGCCUCGCCCGCUCGGGGAUAGCGUAUCUCUAGACAGUGCUCUUGCUGCGGAGUGCUCGGCGAUUCGCGCCGUACUUAAUUCUACUGCGCGUAAGUCUUUCACUUUGCGUGGACUCUUGGUGGCUGCUACCACCGCGGGAGAGUAUAAAGAUGUAAAACAUGAGCCAUUAGCCACUGGGCUGCGGUGGCGUAGUGCAUGCACGCACCAUCAGAAGUGCGUUUGCACGCCUUGCUUUUCUUGCAUGCACCAUCAGAAGUGCAUUGAAUCGCGAGCGUAUGAUGAUGAUGAUUCCUACAGCACUUCGUAUUUGCCUGCCGUUUACUCUCCUAUGGUAACUUGACCUUCUAUUUCCUCUCUCUACUCUUGUUUGGGUUUCGUUGUGACGGAAAGUAUAGUCUUUGCACAGCAACGUGAAUCCGAUUUACUUGCUGCUGCUGUGUAUGUUUUGUAUGACAUGCUACCAAGUAUGUCUUUGCCUUUCGUGAAAAUGUGUGAUGAUUUGUAUGGUUGCCUGCGCUUCGUUGCUACUGCACUUCCUUCGUUAGUACCUGUUUCCUCGUAUGGAGCUAGAUCGCAAAUUCGUACGCUCCUCAUUCCGAAAAGUCCGAUCUUCCCUGCCUUCCCCUCAUGCCCACGUAGAUGUAGGUCGCUACCCUUUUACUUCCUCUCUGCCGUGUAGUUUUGUCUUCUUAUUUGUUUCAUCCUUGUACUAGCGCUAGUUCGCGGAACCCGCUUCCUCGCAGGGGCAGCUGUUUUUUUUUCCGCCUUGCCAGCGGGUUUGUUUGGGGGGAUACGACAGUAUCGGCGUCGGGGGAAAUCGCCGAUGGGAUACGACCGCAGUGUGACAAGCCAGGCGGGGAAAAUAGUGAAGCUUCGGGUCUCGCAGCUCCACUUCUCCGUCUUACUUCCGUCUUCGUCCAGCUUCCUCUUCUUUCUUCUUCCGCCUUUUUCCGCUGGGGUUCGUCUUUGCAUGACAUCGAGGGACUAAGGGCGUAAUAGCUUAACUUUAUUGGUUUACGUAACCGGGGGCGGUGUGUCGUCUGCGGCGGAUGAUGACAGUGUACGCAUUCAAUGAACUUCAUGGCUUUUGGGGCUGCUUCCCCUUAGGUCUAGUAUCACCUGACCCAAGGCACUGAUCCGCUAAACGCACACCGUACGCCUCGCCCGCUCGGGGAUAGCGUAUCUCUAGACAGUGUCCUUGCUGCGGGGUGCUCGGCGAUUCGCGCCGUACAUAGUUUUGCGGUGCGUGAGUUUUAGACUUUGCAUCGACUCUUGGUGGCUGCUUCCCACCGCGUGAGAGUAUAAAGAUGUAAAACAUGAGCUGUUGGCCAUUGGGUCGCCGCAGCGUAGUGCUUGCGCGCACCAUCAGAAGUGCGUUAGCACGCCUUGCUUUUCUUGCGCACACCAUCAGAAGUGUGUUGAAUCGCGAGCGUAUGAUGAUGAUGAUUCCUUUAUUGGUUUUAGUAGGGCGUGAUGCCAACGGGGACGGACAGCCCUUAGAACUCCGAUUUCAUGCAUAAAAUGCAAGGCAUAAAGUUCCUUUUCUUGCGCAGAUGGCAAGCGAGGCAGAUUGUGAGCCUAUUUAGGGUUUGGGAUAGAGCAGCUAAAGAAGCACGACAAAAGCAGUCUUCUGUGCCCAAACAGCAUGACAAAUUGGAUUCCGGUGCUCCGAAGAUUUGUCAUGCGCCGCUUGGAAAUUGGUCUUCCAACUGGUAUCCAUUUUAUGCAUGACAAAUCAUUUCAACUUUGACGAUUUCAAUCCUGACGCUUCCAUAAAGGAACGCGAACGCCUGGAUCCGGACGACGAGGGUGUUUUCCGCAAGCUGAAGCUGAUCGGUCUGUACAAACGGGGACUCAUCACCCGGAAACGGCUGGACUACUUGCUGCUCAACUGCAAAUUUGUUCCUCCAGACGAGCGGGAUAGAUUGUUCCCCGAUCGUCCCGAUCUAUUUGCGUCGAAAGAGGAUCAGAACACGACCACAGCCGAGCCACCACUGGUGCGGGAGCCACGGGCGGAGAGAAGUUCUUCUUCAAACACAGGAGACGGAAAGCUCACGACUAGAUCCGACAAAACAACGACCGAAGAGUUGUCCUGUUUCGGCGGCAUCUGGAUGUGGUUCAUUCUGUCUGGCUUGAUUAUCGCGGGCACGUUGCUGCUAGCCUGCGUGUGCUGCCGGUUGGGGCCUUGGAAGUCGGGCGAGGCGGAGAUCGACCUGCUUCUGCUGAAUUUGCACGAAGGAGGUAAAAAGCCUCCUCCGGGCGGCACAACCACGGGAACGAAAGGUCAGGACGACCUGGAGCGCGGCCCGUCCCCGUCGAACCAAGCGGAGCUGCGAGCUGAGGGCUUGGAGAACUUCGGGCCUGCUUUCGGGGGCGCAGAGAUCCCGGACAUUCAGCUGUCGGCAAAGAAGAAAAAAGCGAAGGCAAAAGCCAAGAGAAAGAAGAAGGGGGUCGGAUUUGCGGAUGUGGGAGACGGGGAUGACGAGGAGGACAACGAGGACGGCGCGGGAGACAAUUCCGACGAUCAGAAUCAGUUUCUCGGGGUGGAAACCGCGAUCCGGGAUGACUCGCGGGACACUGCGCAGGCGGACGGGAAGGUGGGGGUGCUGGAAAACUUCCAGUAUGGCGGCGAGGUGGUGAAAAAGCCGAAAAGAGCCAAGGACUUGGCGGCAGAAAACCUGCUGGGCCAGUUUGAAACGGCCACUGCGGCGGACGGUACGGUGGGAAAGCUGGAGGGGUUUGAGAAGGGUGGCGAAGUGCGAAAGAAACCGAAAUUGCCGAGCUUGGGCGUCGAGAACGUGACCUCUUUGCACGCGAACCGAUAUGAAAUUCUUGAGGUUGCAAAAAUAGAAAAUCCUUUUUUGGUCUCCGCGGUUUUGGAGAGGAAUGUUGCGACCACGUAUGGAGUUGUAAUUUGGGAGCGUUGUUUCUAUUUGAACAGUUUGACUUUAAGUUUCAUGCUGUAGUUAGGCAUUUACCGGAGCCUCCGAAUGGAGCCUUUUAACAGGUCCAAUGGAUUUAGAAAUUUUGAAUUUGCAACCUGCAUAAUGGAAGCGAGGAGGGCAAAAUCGAAAACGUUGGGGUCCUAAUCGGGUUCGAGAAGGGUGGUGAGGUCCGGAAGAAACCGAAAGCGCCGGACCUCGGCGUGGAAGACGCGGGCCCAACCGAGGUUCUAUUGGACGGCAAAACCGAGAACGUGGGGGUCCUGAUUGGCUUCGAGAAAGCAGGAGUUGCGAAAGUGAAAAAGAAGAAAGAUGACAAUAAACAUCCGUCGCAGUAUGAUAAAGCGACGGACAGUCACUCCGAUCCACACCGCGAUGACCACAACUUGGAUCCGACGUUGGACCAAUUUUCCGCGGCGAAAGAUGACGGCACGUCGCUAGGAGUAACAGUCGAGUACGUCAAGGAAAAGCAUGAUGCUUUCUUCAAUCGGAACCCGCGACACUUCCUAUUACAGUGAAAAGUGCCCCCCACCCCUGACAUUGCAAAAGUUUGUGAUGCGAAGUUUCCAAAUGAAAACUUUUUGUCAUGCAUGAAAGGAGCAUGAAUCUUUCUGAUGCAGAGCCUCGGCGUGUAUCGCAUCGCUUGCAUGACAAGCGCCGCCCUUGCUGGGAUCUUUUGCAAUACAAAUCUUUGCUAUUCACGAUUGGAAAUCUGUGAUGCUGAUAGAUGCAAGAGAGCGAGUGCUUCUUUUGGAAAGAGUUGCAAUGCAAAUGCUUUCAAGUUGAGGGGUGGGGGCAUUUUUCAUUGUAAUACUUCCGGGCCGGCGAGGGCGUGGCGACCAGUCCAGCUCCGGUCGCCGGAUAUCAUGUGGAAAAGUAUCGUACUCGUCAUACUGUUACUGAUUGAGAUUGGCAUCAUGCAUGACUACCUUAUUCAGCAUAAUGAAUUUUUGCAGUCGAUUUACAAACAUACACUAGUACGAUGAUUGUGCCAUGCAUACCGGAAUGGGGCCAGUGAUUCCCCUAUCAAAUGAGAAUGUGUGUGGGUAUGGAAGAGUGCAAGACUUGUCAUGCAGGGCCUAGUACGACAGAUUUGAUUGACUCUGCGAGGUUUUCUGAUGCCCAUCCUGUAUGCGAAACUUCUUCGCAACUUUAUCAAAAAUGAGCAACUUUUGGUUCUGGGGUCACGCAAGACAGAUCUUUGUGUGGCCCACGGCAGGCUGCGUCACAAGUUUGCAAUGUUCCAGACCCCGACUGACAUAUUUCCAUUGCAUAUCCCUUUAUGUCGAACUUAGAGGAGAUGGAGCAGCAGAGGAAAAUCAACAACGAAAAGCCGCUGGAGGGAGAGGCUUUGGCGGAGAAGAAGAAAACCCAGCAGCUCAGCACUGCUUUGAAAAAAAUCGGCUUCACCGACGCCUAUUCGGAGUUCGCAGCGAGACAAAUCGUCGCCGGUAACAAGCGCACGGCCGGCGGAGAUGUAGUUGAGGGGGAAUACUACAGCCAAUCUGGCGCAGCCGUGCUGACCUCUGAUGCAACGACCGGCCAAGUGCCCGUCGCGGAGCCGGGGAAGGUCACGGGGUUCCACCCGAUUCCGGAGCCGAAGGACGGGUUCGCGCACAUCCUGGCGCAGCACGAGGAUUUGGCGCAGAUGGCGUUGGGCGACCAAAUGCUGGCGAGAGAGCUCGGAAUGGAGAUCGAGGUGUCCGAGUGGAAUGGGUUGGCGAAGGUCGGGCCGGAGCAUUUGGCGAUUUUGGAAAAGAUGGCAGAAAAAAAGAUUACGGAGCUGAAUCUAGACAAGGGGGAGGAAAAUGAUCCUGAUGCGAAAGCAAAAAAGCCCUCCGCUUCCACUUCCACGCCGCGCGGCAGAGCAGCAGCGGGGGAGAAAAAAAAGAAGAAAAGCGCCAGAAAUGCGACACCGACGAGAAAUGCGACACCGACGAGAAACAAAACGCCGUCGCACGGCAGUGCGGAUACAGUAACGACUUCGGGUCGGGGCACCCGGACAACCGAGCAAAUCGCAGUAUCUAGCAAGCGAGAAAACAACCGUGCGGAGACCCCGGUUGGGGGCGGAGGGGGGAAGAAGAGUAAGAAAAGUAAUCGCUCGAUAAAUGGUACAGCCGCAGAGUAAGUAGGUUGGCAACACGAUGUAGAUGGGGAGGAGAGGAGCGAUUUGUGGUUCUAUUUCGUGAAGAUGUCAGAGAAAAAGAGUGCGGAACAAAGGAUUUUUUGAUAUACAGUACUAUGAAUACAAGUACAUUACGAGAUGCAUUUCAGGAUUCUAAAUUACUAGAUUUUUCAUGGCUAUUGGCACAAUAGGUGCAUGGUCUGUUUACCUUGAAAUCACAAUUACUACCAGCUGAACGUUAGAGUUUCACAGACAUUUGCACACAAAAACGAUAACGGUGUUGAUACUAGAAAAAACUGUCACACGAUGUUUUACUUUUCUUGCGGGAUCUUUUUGAACACGUCUUGCUUUUGAUUUCAACACUUAUCUAUCACGAGCCUUUCAAUGUAUGAUCACGAGUAGUUGAAUUGAUUUGUUUAUGGUUGGAUUUUUUUCUUGUACAAAAAGUUUUACUGACAGAAUGUUUCAUGCAAAGUCAAUGGUUUGUCUCGGCCGCUUCUAAAACUGUACCUAGUAGGUGAUGAAAAUGGUGAAGACAAAAACCGCAGUUGCACGGGAAUGGCGUGGACUACAGCUCCGACGCCACAGUUUCCUUAUUGCGGUUAUGUUUUUCCACGACGAUUUCGAUUUUGCAGGUUGAUAAAUAGAUUCGGCACGCUGUCCGCGACCUCGUAUGUGCAGUAGUUCGUGGGGUUUCCAGUUUUGCUGUCUGUUGAAAAAGAAAGAAGUUCUAACGCUAAACGCAAACAAACCAUUUUAUGACCGAUCCUGGAGCUGC